AUGACAGGUCACCCCAUACCCCGAACAAAAGAGGCAAAGAGUCCUCGUCCAGGUCAAACAGUUAUGGGACCGACCAGCCUCACCUGGAGCCGAGGGCACAACAGGGAUGAGAUACCGGGACCACCCCCAAGGAAAUUCCCGAAGAGCAAACUUACCCAACAUGAUACCGGAAAGUUCUGCACUUAUCAUGAGGAUGCCGGACACAAUACCAAUCUGUGUGUUGCUUUAAAAAAUACAAUCGAGUCCCUCAUCCAGAGGGGCAAGCUUCAAAGAUACCUACCAGCUAAAGAGAUAGGAGCCGUAGAUGUGUACGGCCAGAUCUUCACGAUCCACGGUGGGGGCCCGAAGGAGUUGCCUCCCCAGGGGAGGAAACUAAAUUCUAGUUUCGGCCGUCCGGAAGUUUUCAACUUCCACAAAGCCCCGCAGCAAAACAGUGGCACUAAGUGGACAUCGGUGACAUUCCUGCAGGAGGAGGAAGCCGAUCUCAGGAUGCCCCAUGAUGAUCCCUUCCUAAUCACACUCCAAAUGGACCACUAUUUAAUGUCCAGGGUGCUCGUAGACACCGGGGCCUCAGUUAGCGUAUUAUUCCGCGAUGCAUACAAAGCUUUGAACAGAGGAAGAGCCAAGCUGUCAUAG